CAGACCCUGCGCCGCAGCACUCAUGGGUUCGGUUCUGCCCGCGGAGGCGCUCGCGCUGAAGUCCAGAUUCAGGUCUCAGCUGUGUGAGAUCAUCACCUCUGAUAUCCUGCACAGUUUUCUGUACGGCCGAUGGAGGAACGAGCUGGGAGAGAAUCCGUGCGAGGAGCCGCAGAGGACCGCCUUCACCGCCGAGGCUCUGGCGCAGUCCUUCCCCGGAGAGGUGCAGAAGCUGUCGAGUCUGGUUCUGCCCAGCGAGGUCAUCAUCGCUCAGAGUUCAGUCCCUGGAGAAGGGCUGGGGAUUUUCUCCAAAACCUGGAUCAAAGCCGGCACUGAGAUGGGCCCGUUCUCCGGGAGCCUCGUGUCCCCUGAGCACGUGGACCUGCGGAAGAACAAUAACCUCAUGUGGGAGGUGUUUAACGAGGACGGCACAGUGCGCUGCUUCAUCGAUGCCAGUCAGGAGGACCAGCGCAGCUGGAUGAGCUACAUUAAAUGCGCCCGGAACGAGCAGGAGCAAAACCUGGAGGUGGUUCAGAUCGGCAGCAGCAUCUUCUACAGAGCUCUGGAGACUAUUCCUCCGGAGCAGGAGCUGCUGGUUUGGUACAGGAAUUCCCACAACACUUUCCUGGGUAUUCCCGGCGUUCCCGGCGCAGAGGAGGAGGAGCAGCAGCAGAAGAGGAGCGACUAUUCCUCCGGAGCAGGAGCUGCUGGUUUGGUACAGGAAUUCCCACAACACUUUCCUGGGUAUUCCCGGCGUUCCCGGCGCAGAGGAGGAGGAGCAGCAGAAGAAGAGGAGCGUCUAUGGUUUGAACGCACGGCGCACAGCCGCUUCAUCAUCAUCAUCAUCAUCAUCAUCAUCAUCACAGUGAAGAAGUUUGCCUUCGCCAUCAAAUGA